AUGGCCACCGCCGCCGCUGGCUGCCCUGGGGCGCCCCUGUCCCCGGACAAAUUGCUUCCGAAAGGCGAUGCCAAGAAGACCAAAGAGGAGCUGGAGAAGGAAGACGAAGAGGAGCUAGAUGAGACCCUGUCGGAGAGACUGUGGGAUCUGACGGAGAUGUUCCCAGAGAGGGUCCCGUCCGCGGCUGGAGUCACUUUUGAUCUCUCCCUCUUUGUGGCUCAAAAAAUGUACAGGUUUUCCAGGGCAGCCUUGUGGAUUGGGACCACUUCCUUCAUGAUCCUGGUUCUUCCUGUUGUCUUUGAGACUGAGAAGUUGCAAAUGGAGCAGCAGCAACUGCAGCAGAGGAGGAUACUUUUAGGGCCUAACACAGGGCUCUCAGGAGGAAUGCCAGGGGCUCUACCUUCACUUCCUGGAAAAAUCUAGAUUGCUACUGCUACUUGACUUGUCUUGGGACAAGUUUGAAAAUUCAAUAGUGUUUGAACUGCUGAUUAUUUGGAUUCCUUUU